AUGAUUGGACUGGCCAGGUACUUGGUGCUGCUGCUGGCAGCAUCCGUCAUAAACAGUGCUUGGUGUCAUCAUCGUCAUCACGGUGUCCACGCGGACAUCAGGAAGAGAAAGGAUCAGGUGGAACAUGUGAGACGGUACGGGUCCAGGGAGGAUCUGAACGCGAUCACGUCGAUAGCUGAGAAAAACAGGAGAAACUUGAAUAUAGAUGAGACCAAGGAAAAGGUGCCUUAUAGCGAUAAGCGAUUGGAGAAAAUGCUGGAGAAGGCUAUCCUGAAGAUCAUCACUGGUGAUCUCAGCGCGGGUGAUAUCCUGCUGUUGAAGAGUCUGAACUACAGUCUGGAGGAGGUGCUGGCGAUACGUGAGAGGGAACUGGGAAAGAAGAUAGAGGAGGACACGAGGAAGAAGGAGAGCAUGAAGGCUUGGACCAAAUCGUUUUAUGGUGAAAACGAGGAAACGAAGGCUAGAUACUGGGACAAGAAUACAAUGGAUCAUUCGUCGCCGAGAAAUCCUGAUUACGAGGACACCAGGAACGAAGGUAAAAAGAACCGACACACGGAGAAGUCCUCGUACAAGGAUUUCGAUUUCGAUGCUUACAAUCGGCAAGCGGUACUCGAUUACGAGAAUCUGCCCACAAAUCUGGAGCUCCAGCCGUCCAAGUCCGAGAAAACAAGCCUGGACUACGAUGAGGCGGGCAAAGGUACAGAGGAGGACGGGAUCGCUCGUCGUGACUUUGACAGAGCAAUGGCGCCUCACGUGGUCUUCAAGAUCCGCCACGACGACUCCGAGUUCGACUCCAGCUCCGGGUCCGACGAGACUGGUAAAAAUCGCUCUAAGAGACCCAGGUACCAUGUCCCAUCGGCCUUGAAGCACACUACGUCGAGAAGUCUUGGGAACUCUGGCAAUUCCUUUCACGGUUCACCAAUGCCUGUAUUGUCUUCUUCUACUGUUACCGUGCCACUUCCUCUGGUUCCUGGGUUAAGUAGCUCGAAUAAUGUUCAGACCAACCAUCCGAGAAGUUAUCUUUAUCUCAGCACCACACCGUCGUCGGUGACAAGUAGCCAAAGUACGAUCAUUGAGUCCGAUGAGCUGUCGAACCCUGAAGAGGAGACGAAUGUUGUUGUUCACACCACCAAUUCGAACGAUGAGGUGAUAGUUCCGAAAGUCGAGGAGAAGCACAGCGGGAGCAAGAAGAUCAGUGAAUACGAGGGACUCGAGUGGGUCGAGGACGAUGUCUACAGGGUACUCCCCGAAUUCGUGGACUCCCUUGGCUUCGAGAACAGCGAGGACAACGAAACCGCGGAAUAUGAAGACACCAGCCGUGGUUCUCGACAGAAUUGGACCACGGAGGAGAACGAGAACGACACGUUGGAGUACCAGAACGACACGCCUGACUCGAUCAAGCUCUUCAUAGCCAACAACAACAUAUCCGCGGGCGAUCUUCCCUUGGCGAACCUGACCACCUAUCAGCAAGUGGCUAUAGCACAUCGUCGAGAAGGAAAGCUAACCUCAAGCUUCGACAGCCAAGGUGAAAAGGCCAUCGAGGACAUUAAAUCGCGAGUCUUGGCACUAACUGGAAGAUUAAACAAUAGCGGCAGCGCGAAUCAGGUUCAACGACAGAGGCUAACUAUGUUCUCGCCUAGCUGCCAAAUACCACGGAACACGGACCAGGACGCUUGGACGGAUCCGUUCACCAUGAACAUGCAUUUCCAGUUGAAUCUAACUUCCAGCGACCACGUGGUCGCUGCAAAAUUAAGGAUCUACAAACUACCGCAAGAGAACCUAACCUCCACGACGGGAACUACUUUCGAGGAGGAAGAGGAAGACGAGAAAAAGAUCAGAAUAUCGGUCUACUAUUACACGAAGUCCCUGAAGAAGCAUCGAUCGAAGAAACGUCUAAUGGAUUCGGUGGUGACACCGCUCACGUCGGAGGGAGCUCACUUGGCCUUAGAUGUUAGACAGUGUCUCCGAUUUUGGAGGCAAACCCCCCGGAAUCCUCACGGAAACGGAAAUAAUCACGGUUUGGUGGUCCUAGUGGAGGACCAAGAUGGUCGGCCGUUAAAACCGAGUCUGUACAUUCAGCAACAAUCAUGCGCGGACCAAGCCACGGAUCAGAAGGCAUACCAGCGCGUACCUGCACUUUUCUUCCGAGCCUGUACUCGUUAUGUUCGUAUCGUAAACGGCGAAACAGUGACGUACGUAAACUGUAGGCACAAGACCGCCGAGAAACAUAACGGUGAAAAGGGACGAUCGUUAUUAACGUAAUUUAUUCGAAAAAACAAC